AUGUUUCCACUUAAAUCACAACACAACCUUCCUCGCUCUUCACCCACCUUUGCUUCACCCCGCCACGCCGCUCUUGAUUGGAGUCGUACAGGCAAAGCGAGGAAUCCGAAUCCCUUCAGUCGAACCUCCCAGCUCCUCCUCAAGCGCUCGAGCCCUCGUCACCCACAGGCCCCGACACGGCCUCGAGACACGACUACAAUAAUCCCUGAAGCCUUGGCUUGGGACAAGACUGAGCGACUAGCCGCUCGGUUUAUACUGCUGGUUCACUUAAGCGUCCGAAGUACCUUCCUCCUCGCGACGCCAACGAACGCUUCUUGCCUCGCACCACCCGUUCCUGCCACGACAGACACAACCCCUGAGGCCUCUCUUCCUCCCCCCCCAGCUCGAGCCCUCCUCAUCAACCGAGCCAUCCUCACACGACCUGACGACGAAGGCUUCCACACACACUUGGCAUCCAACAAAAAAAACAGCAUCAGAACACCGGACCAGCAUUUCCCUAUCCUUGUUACCAACAGAAACCAUGUCUGUUACCUCCCAACCCCUUCCGAAUGUCCAGUCAACUUAAGCCCGGCACCCAAGUGUUAUGAGUUCCUUAAAGCGCCAACGCCACCAGAGAAAUAUCGAAUUAAGUUUUGGCAUCCCUCCUAUAAUACCCCACUAUUUACCUUGGAAGCCUAUGAUCAUGCCGAUGGGGGGAUUCAUCACGGCCUUGCACACAGCGCUUGUUCAAUUUUCGCCGAGAACCGCACCGAUGGUUAUUUAAGCACGACACGCGAUGGCGAGCAUGGCAAGCGAGUCCAGGCUGGCUGGGACGCUGUUUUGCCUGCCGCUGCUGCCAACUAUUACUUCUAUGUCCCUUACCCUCCUGAUUUCCCGGACCCUCCCGCUGGGCAAUCUCGACCACCAUAUCGAUAUCCCCUUGUUACGAACUUCCAAGAAUGGAGAUUUCAGGGACUGCCGGAGGUCUGGACACGUUGCAAAAGUAUACAACAUGCGGCUCAGACGAUCCAACCUCAGUCUACAAUAACAUCGGCGAUGAUCGCACGAGAUCAAACAUGUCGCGUUACUGCAUUUCAGAGCGGCACAGAAGUUGCGCACUUAGUUCCAUCACACGAGAAAGACUGGUUUUUCUCAAAUCAAAUGGGCACAUACAAUACCGACCAGACGCUAGACACGAACAAUCUUUUGCGAGAUCUUAAAAAUGGAAUGCUACUACGUUCUGAUAUACAUUCCGCAUUCGAUACCCGCGAAUUUAUCUUCUUCCCGAAAAGCACUAAAGCAUUUGUGGUACAUAUGCUGGUCCCAACGCCGGAAAUCGGACAGUUAUACCAUAAUACCCGUGUUGAAAUCUCUAAAUGUGGUAUAGAGUUUCUAUUUGCAAGGUUUGCAUGGGCAUUAUUUCCCUUCCUUUCAGUGUUUCUAGGUGGCGUGUCCGAGAGCCUCUUAGUCGUCAGAUGGAAUGCAGAUGGCAAGCGAAUUGUCGAGGACGUGACAGAUCCGCGGUCGCUGAGACAACAAUCAGCGGCUUCCCGCAGCACCUACCAAAAAAAGCGAAGUCGGGCAACUGCAGAAGAUUUGAACGACUAUGGCGAAAGCGAGGAAUCACCGUCCGACUUCACCCUACCAACUUCGGGUGACGAUAGUGACUCUAAAAAGAGAUUUGGAAAGCGACGCUGCAAAUCAUUGAACUAUUCAAUGUAUGCGCAAGAAGUCCACAUCAACGAGUUACGGCAAGCCGCACUUGCAAAACAGAGACCGCUUUGCUGCUUCUGUGUUCUGUUCCUCUUGUUCUUCCAUCGCUUCGCUCCGUACACAACACAGCUACCUGCUGAGGUGCGCAGUGAAGCAUCAUUAUCUGCGACGAGGAUAUCCUCUCAAAGUGACACUGUCAAAGACACGGACAGCGUUGGUCUCUCUCGGGAACCUGUAGCAUAUGCUACACCGGGAACGCUGCCCAUGGUUCCGCCAGGCCGUAGCGAUGACUACAGUUUCUACUUUGCUGCGGUCGGUCCGUUCACUUUCGUCCUCUUUUUCGUACUAGCUGCCGCGUCGACAUUCUUGUUCACGUUCUCGACGCUCUGGUUGGAGAUUUGGAUGGCAGCCGAAGGGGACCCGGCGAAAGAGAGAUUCUAUUUUUUUACAUUUUGGGCUCUGCAGCUCUCCUCUGUGCUAGUUAUGCUGUAUAUUUCACCUAUACAAGCAACGUGA